AUAAAUUGUUCAAAACCUCACACAGCUCAGCUAAUUUCUCAGUUUUUUCUUUGUUUCUGUUUCCUUCAUAUCUAAGAAACAAAAGCUUGAUGGAGCUUUUCUUCUUAAAAAUGGGUUCAAAGAAACCAUAUUUCGUAGCAGUUUUAACUCAGAUUUUUCUGGCUGGGAUGAGUCUUCUUUCCAAAGCUGCGUUUGCUUCUGGCAUGAACAGCUUUGUGUUUGUCUUCUACAGGCAAGCUGCUGGAGCUGUUUUUUUCCUCCCCAUGAUGAUGUUUUUAAAAAGAAAAGAGAUCCGGCCUCUUUCUCUUAUGGAUUUCUUGAAGAUUUUCAUGAUUUCGUUAAUAGGGAUGACUAUUGGAUUCAAUGCCUAUGGUGUGGCUGUUGAUUAUACGUCUGCAAAUUUGGGCGCUGCUGCAUUUAAUUGCCUCCCUGUCACAACAUUUCUUUUUGCUCUCAUAUUGAGGAUGGAGAAAGUAAACAUGAGAACAGUGGCUGGAAUGGCAAAAAGUGUUGGAAUAUUGGUUUGCAUUGGAGGAGUGGCCACACUUGCUUUCUACAAAGGCCCUUAUUUGAAGCCUCUCAUAAAUCAUCACCUUUUUCAAUAUCACAAAGGCCAAGCCCACCAAGCUCAUGCCUCUUCUCAAAAAACUUGGAUUAUUGGCUGCUUCCUCCUCUUUGUCUCCAGCAUUUCUUGGGGCUUGUGGUUUGUACUUCAGGCUCAUUUUCUCAAGACUUAUCCUUCACCACUCGUGUUCAUAAGCCACCAAACAAUGUUGAGCACGGUCCAAUCCUUCGUGGUCGCCAUAGCAAUGGAAAGGAACCCUUCUGAGUGGAAAUUGAGCUGGAAUAUUAGGCUUAUUGCUGUCCUUUACUGCGGAAUUCUCGUAACUGUUGUCUCCAAUUUCUUGCAAUGUUGGGUGCUCAAAGAAAAGGGUCCAGUUUUUCAAGCCAUGACCACGCCCUUGAAUGUGAUUGUCACCAUUAUAGGUUCUGAGCUGAUGUUGGGCGAGGGCAUUCACUUGGGAAGUCUUAUUGGUGCAAUCUUGUUGGUGGCGAGCCUUUACUGUGUAUUAUGGGGUAAAAGUAAAGAGCUGAAUAUUGUUGAUAUAGAGAGUAAUCAACCUGCAGUUCUUCCAGCUGAAGCAAGAGAAUUGUCAGAGAUGAGAUCACCUCCUCAACCAUAGUUACUGGCCAAAAAUAUCGUCUAUUUCCCCUUUAGAUCUUCAAAUCCUAGAGUCAUCUUCAAAAUCUUCAAGUCAUUUUUUCUUUAAUUUUUAUCUUCUAGAUAUCAAGCUUUAAUUUUCUCAUGGAAAAAGAAGCUAGAUUUUAUCUUAUAUAUUAUUGUGAAUGUAAUAUAAAUUCCACUCAACUAAAGGCAGUACAAGGUGUAAGCCUUGUAUUGACAUGAUGUUAACUAAUUAAUGAAAGAAAAUUCAUAGUUAAAUGUG